CCCACAAUGAACUGUUGACCCAUGGAGGAGGUCCCCCUCCUGUGGCCCAGAGCAGCUGGCGCACGCUGCAGCCUCCUGCGGCCCAUCAAGGAAAUAUGUUGGAAAUUUGGAAUAUUUUUACACAACUUAAAUCUUGUCAUAAAGGAACUUUAAUUUAGAUGGUAAAAUAUUUUUCAGCACAAAACAUCCCAGGUGUGAGAUCAGAUGAGAUGGCCCUUAUUAUCACGUGACAAUUCACGAUUUACCAGUGAGUUAACUAGCGACUGCACGUCUUCGCACAGUGUGACACGGAUCAACAUGAGUGCAUGUCAACAAAGGACGACUCAUCAGUGCCAGGUCAGAAUUACAGUAAACAUGUCAAUACUGCAGUGCACUGGUGGAAGAGCUGAGAACAGAGCGCAGAUCUCACUGCAAACUCUAACACCUGUACAGUGAUGAGAAGGAAACUGCUCAUGGAUUUAGUAUUUCUCAGAGACACACAUUCGUUCUCAAGUCCGUCACCGGCUCUUUGCCCUCUGUCGGCCACCUGAGGUACUACGUGUUCCACGCAGUUCCACAAAAUGGCUGCCUGCUUCAUCAUUUGUACAUGAAUCCCACAGUUUUCUUUCAUAAAAUUGUUCCACAUCGACAGAACAAACCAAGAAUUAUUUUAGUAGUCAAACGCUGACUUUUUGUACUGUGAAACAAUGAGUUUCUGUUGUGAGAGUAAACUCCAUUGCUGACUCACUGAUCAUAACCUGCACUUAUUGACAUCACCAGGAUGAGCCUUUGUAGCUGGAGGACCACUCAAUACAUUUAGGAUGAGUCCAACUACAGACAAAAGCAGAAACUACAGUUGGAGAGAAGCGCUGUAGUUUGCACAGACUCCUCCCCGGCAGAAGAAACUCCUCCUCUUGGACUCGAGAGCGGGUCGCUACCCUCCCCCUCCAUGCUAACGUUGCUGUGGUCUCUUGAUCAUCCGGAGCCAAGCGCAGGCUGCAGUUGAGCUUUCCCCAGCAGCGGUGCGCACCUGCGUCCUGGGAGUUAACAUACCUACCUUGAACUGAGGACUCAAAUCCAUUUGCAGACACUCACAACUUGUGGAAACUACACACACUCACACACACACAGCUCACCCAAGACUCGUCCCCCGCCGCCUCCAGCAACCGACGGCUGACGUCCGGUCUUGGUCUCGAAAGAGGAGGAGUCUAUCGGUGAGCAGGCAGGAGCGGUGUCGGUGAAUCCAUAACCGCACAGUCGCGGUGGCACAGCGCACUGGUUUUUCCUCGUGCUGGGUGGAACCGGCGGACUUUUAUGCCAGAUUUAACCAUCACACGGAGUGCUGCAGCUGCUCCUGUGAGACUUGUGCGUCCUGCGAGCGGAUAGAGACUGUCUCCAGAAGGAAACCGAAAAUCGCGGGAACAUCGCUGGACAACGCGCAUUGCCGGUUAUCUACAAGGUCUCUGGCAGAUCCAUGACAGAAAACCAAAUUGCUUGAAGUUUCAACCUUCAUUCUCUUUGGCAGUAAUGGAAAUUCUUGUGACGGAGGAGAAAAAGAAGAUAUUUCGUGCGCGAAAAACCAUGAAGAUAAGUGACAGGCAGCAACUGGAAAGUCUUCACACUACUCUGUUGACUGCAGCUCCAGCUCAGCCUGAGGCAUCUCCCCCGGCCCUGGUGAAUGGCUCUCAUAAAGAGGAGCUCCCUAGAUUAGCGGACACUGAGCAAAACUGCAACAUGGACUCUAACUCACUCUCACCUGAUUCCCCCGUAUCGCCCACCUCGCAAAGCUCCCCGGCUCCGUUUCUAUCCUUAAAUCUGUCCCCAUCCUCGGUUUCCUCACAAAGUCCAAAAGAGAAAGAAGACUCGGUUUCUUCUCCGGCAUCACCAUUCCAUUCCCUAAACCUUGAAUUGAAAAAGAUGGAGGAAGAGGAUGAGCUGAAUGAUAAACAGAGCCCCACACCAACGUCAACAAACACAGAGACUAAACAGGAUGCCAACUCCAAGACGCCAAGCAUUGACCAAACUGUGGAAUCAGAUACUCUUAAUGGCGUCAUUCCAUCUCCACCUCAGUCCAGUGCAGUGACAGACGGCACAGUAGAGAAAAAAGCGGACACUACAGACACCAAGGACUCAAAGGACUCUGUGGCACCAAGUGUGGAUCUAAAAUCCACCUCUUCCAACACGUCUCACGCUCUGCCUAUUAUUACAUCGGAGCAAAAACAAACAGUCAAGGUAGAAGACGUGAAAGAUGAAUGUGACCAAGAAGAUGUGAAGCAAAAAUCUGCUUCAGAGGUGAAGAUGGAAGUUGACUCAGUCAAAGUUGAGGUCAAAGCUGAAAAGACACAAGGGAAGCAAGAUGCUAAGUCAUCCCGCCCUUCAUCCACUCCUCCAUCAAGUGCAGUGACGGAUGACAAGAGCUCUCAUUCAGGAAUCAAACGCACUUUAUCUGAGGGCCAUGAAAUUGAGUCAACUGUAAAACGAGAUGGAAAGAGACCAAAGAUGGAGCGCGAAUUAGAGGCUGAAUUGGAAGUUAAAAUUACCACAAAAGCCAGCGAUCACCGUAAACUAGAAAAGAUUGUACAACAGCUAGUGAAUGAACGGUUGGGGGUCUUGGAGCAGACCUUCUUUGAGCAACAUUUUCAAGAGCUAAAGGGGAGAGUGGACAAAAUCGAUUGUGCUACUAAGCAUCAGUCAGCCAUUAACCAGCUCCAAGCCAAGAUAGCCCGCCUGUCGAAAAAGUUCGGUGAGGCUAACCAAGCUUCUGAGAACAAAAAGAAGCAGGAGGCAUUAGCUGCUGCUGCUGCUCCUCCUCCUCCUCCUCCAGUUCCAGUCUCCACCACUCCUGCCAAGACUUCAACUCCUGUAAAUUCCCAAGUGCAACGGCUAGUCCGGACUUCCAUUGAGGCUAAGCAGAUUCCCAGCAUUCCUUCAUCCAGCACCGCUGCGAAUUCUGCUUCAGCAGCUACGACUCCAGUAUCAGCAACAGCUACCGGAGCUCCAUUAGCAACUGCAGUUCCGAUGUCUACCGCCCCCACAAUUGUUCAACAGACGCCCAUCCUCCAACUACUCACCUCCAACUCUAAUGCCGUAUCCACCUUGGGAACUGGCAUCACCACCUCCAGUUCUGCAGGCACCUAUCUCCUGAAGGCGCCCACUGGAGGUGGCAUGAUGACGACUGGACAGCCGCUGCUCAUCCAGUUGCCUUUAUCUAUGGCCAAUUCUCAGACAGGAGCUCUGGUCAAGAUCCCAGUUUCAUCCCUGUCAGCAGCAAACACCUUCAAUAACACAAAGACGACUGCUGCGGGAACCACACUGAUAUUUAAGCCGGCCCCUGUUACGACCACCGCCGCGGCGUCCGCUCCGACCGUGGCCACCAUCCCAGCAAUCCAAACCUCAGCUGGCCAAAAGCCUCUGACGCAGAUCUCUCUCACCCGUGCGGUGUAUCAGGGAGGCACUGGUGGGAUUGUAACCCCUCACGCUGGAGUGUCCGUGACAACAGCCAGGACCCAGGCUCAGUCCGUCUCGGUGGCCGGGGCUCUGUCUUCGACGUCCUCUCUUGUAACAUCUGUACCAGCAGCAACAGGUUCCGCUGCCCCCGGACCUCCACAAGGAGUGUCGCUAACAUCCAAGACUGACAACCAGGCCUCUGUAGCCUCUACAUCCAAAGCUGCAGCAACGCCUGUCGCAACGGCCGCGCCAGCAGCACGACCCAAAGGCUCAGUCAUUGAUCUCACUGAGGACGAUGAUGAUGUGCAAGUGACAGGAGUGAAGAAAGCGACAGUGGUAACUCCCUUAACAAGCCAGCGUCCACACGUGGUCCCCCAUGUCGCCAGCAGUUCUGGAGCCAGGUCUUCUCCCCAAACCAGCCAGAACACUGCUAGUAGUUCGCCAGUGUCUACUAUCCACUAUCGCCCCCCAUCGGACUCUCUAGUAAAGUCCCGCACUACCUCGGCCACGCCAACCCGUGGCCCCACCCUGGCACCCCCGCCUCUCCCGUGUGCACCAAUACCGCCAAACCUGCCUCCCGAGGCUGAACGGACCUCUCCUCCCCAACAGCCUCAGCUGAAACUGGUGCCAAGUCAGACUGGUAUUGUACUGUCCUGGUGUGUGUCAGAAACGGACCUGUCAUGUGCCACGGUCGAAAGCUACCACUUGUAUGCCUAUCAUCAAGAAAACCCCAACAGUGCUGUGGGUCAGCCGCACUGGAAGAAGAUAGGCGAGGUCAAGGCCCUGCCUCUGCCCAUGGCCUGCACUCUGACUCAGUUCCAGUCUGGCUCCACCUAUCAUUUCGCUGUGCGAGCCAAGGACAUCUACGGACGCUUCGGACCUUUCUGCGAGCCUCAGUGCACAAAUGUCAAUUCCUCGUCAAGCUGAACACUUCCAGGAUGCUGAUGUUACCUUCAUUUUACAGUUUAUUACUUCUUUUGAUAUGUUUGUCUUACAUAUUCAAAUGUUGUGCAUUGUUGACAUACAAUGUUUGUAAAUACCUGCAGAAUACCUGGACCUCAGUGAGUUUUCUCGGCUGAUCCGGUCUGAUUGUAUGUUGGUGUUCUAUUUGUGACUCAAGCUGUUGUGUGUAGUUGAAUGACUUCUUAACCAAGUCAAAUAUUUAUGUUUUUGGACUUCCACUGUUCAGAUUCAGAGGUUGAUGCACAUGUUUAUCAAUAUCAGAAAUGCAUAAAGCUAUGUGUGUGGUAGAAACUUUUCUAAGUUUUUGUCUGGCAACCAGACCUGUGACGAAUUCAAUAAAG